UCCGGAGGAUCUCACCUGUUCCUCGGUCCAGUGCUGUGCAGUCUUCCUGCGCCGGCAUCUCUCAACCGGGUCUGCAGUUUCUGGUCAUCCCCAGUACUGUCUGCAGUCUCUUGUCAUCCCCUGUACUGUCUGCAGUCUCUGGUCAUCCCCUGUACUGUCUGCAGUCUCUGGUCAUCCCCUGUACUGUGUCUGCAGUCUCUGGUCAUCCCCACUACUGUCUGCAGUCUCUGGUCAUCCCCUGUACUGUGUCUGCAGUCUCUGGUCAUCCCCUGUACUGUGCCCCCAGUCUCUGGUCAUCCCCUGUACUGUCUGCAGUCUCUGGUCAUCCACUGUACUGUCUGCAGUCUCUGGUCAUCCCCUGUACUGUGCCCACAGUCUCUGGUCAUCCCCUGUACUGUCUGCAGUCUCUGGUCAUCCACUGUACUGUCUGAAGUCCCUGGUCAUCCCCUGUACUGUGUCUGCAGUCUCUGGUCAUCUGUACUGUCUGCAGUCUCUGGUCAUCCCCUGUACUGUGUCCACAGUCUCUGGUCAUCCCCUGUACUGUGCCCGCAGUCUCUGGUCAUCCCCUGUACUGUGUCCACAGUCUCUAGUCAUCCCCUG